AUGAGAAGGGAUGAAUAUUUAAGAAAACUCAAAUGGACAGUACCAAAUGAAAUGUUAGUAUUGAAAAACAUGUUCCUUGACAAAAUAAAACCAACUACAGAAAUAAAUGACGCAAGACUGAAACAUUGGGUAAAAGCUUUCCCAUUCACAAAAGAUAUUGUUGGUAACAUGGAAAGAAAACCAGAAUGGCUACAAAAACAUAUAUUUGGAAACGAGCUUAUUCCAUAUGGACAAGCUCUGUUUGAAGAGCUUGAACCGGAAACUCAGGAAAGAGUCAUGCAAACAAUACGCGAAGACUCAAAUACAAACUAUGACAAAAUCUUUCUAGGAUAUAGGUUACCUGAGAUGGGCGACCAGAGCCCAACGGCAAAAAGGACAUGGGAAAUUUACAACAUACUAGGUGAACAUGAGGCAAAGAUGCAACAACUUGAAGCAGAGGGCAAGUUACCAAAAGCGACACCAAAGAAGAAGAGAAGAGUAGAACAAAGUGAAAAUAGUGAAGAACAAAGUGAAAGUAGUGGCAAUGAAGGAAAAAGAAGAGUUAAAAACUCAGUCAGGAAGAAAGUAAAGCUUGGUCCGAAACAAUUAUGA